AUGAAGCUGCCCGUAUCCCUUUGUGACCAGGAACUUGAACUGAGGAAUGUGACACUAAGAGCUGGAGACAAGCUGAAGGUGAAAGGGAAGAUUCCUGAAGAUGCAGAGAGGUUCCAGAUUGACCUGGGUUGUGACUCCAGUGAUCUGGCACUGCACUUUAACCCCCGUUUCCAUGACGAAGAUGAUGGCAAAGUCAUCGUGUGCAAUUCCCUGUGUGAAGGCUGUUGGGGCUAUGAACAGAGAGAUGCCUACAACCCUUUCCAUAGGGGGUCAAAUGUCACGGUAACAGUAAAGGUGACGGAGGAGGGCUUUGAGGUGGAGCUGCCGGAGGGACACGAGAUAAGGUUCCCCGACCGCCGUGGCCUGGAAACCCUGACCUACGUUCGGGUCAAAGGUCACUUCAAAUUCACUUCCUUCAAGAUCUGCUGA